AUGAGCACCCAGGCAAGGUGCACCCACGAGCAAGACCCUGGGUUGCUGGCUUUGCACAAGGCUGAUCUGGAUCAGAAGCAGGAGCAAGGGCAAUUGAUGCAUAUGGAGAUAAACAUGGGUAUACACAUAACGCAGAUGAAGGAACAGUUUGCCGGUCUCACCACCAGGCUUGCUGAUGUGGCCACCAAGCACAGGGUCUUGGCUGCCAAACAUCAGGCUAAAGCUUGCUGCCAUGUCACCGAGUUACAGGCCAGGUUCAACAAGGUGCAGGCUGUACUGGACGAAUGUGCUUAUCUCAUGGCCAUGACAGAGGCUGUGUUGUCCUUGUCAGCAUUACACAAUGGUGGCUCAGUCACCACCACAGUCGAACAGCUCAAAUUCUGCACUAUCUUGCUCAAGGCCACACUUAGCACCUGCUACCAAUGA